GCCGGAGGGGCCCCGCCCUGCCGGGCGUUGGCGAACACCGGCCGGGGACACACGGAGCAGCCGUCGCAGGGCCUCGUCACGGCCUCCAGCGCCCCAGCCCCGGGGAAUGCAGUGGCCCCCGGCCACUGGAGCCUUUCCGUGUCUGGGCUGGACCUCCUCGCUCAUCUGCUCCGCGGCCACGACGCUCCUGAACCACGCCGGCCGGGCCCCCCUCAUGGCGGCCAAGUGGUUCAAGGAGUUCCCCCUGAACCUGAAGACGGUGUCGGAGCGGGCGAAGCCCGGCGGCGGUGGAGGCGGCAAACUGCGCAAGAACUUGGAGGCGGGCGGCGCGGGGCCCGCCACAGGCAAGGGCCGCAAGAACUCGGCGGCCGAGCUAGGGGGUAGCAGGGCCGGCAUCGGCCCCUCCAAGGACAGCCGGCUGUCCCGGGACAGCCUACAGGGGCUGAUUCAGGCCGCCGCGGGCAAAAGCCGCAAGAACUCUCGGGCCACUGAGGAGGAGCCCCACCGGGGCGCGGCCAAGAGCUCGGGAUGCAGCACCUACAUCAACAGGCUCAUCAAGGUAGACACUCAGGAGAAGAAUGGGAAGAGCAGCUACCCGAGCAGCAGUAGCAGCAGCAGCAGUACCAGUAGCUCUUCCUCCGCGUCCUCUUCCCCUUCCUCCCUGGGCCCUGAACUGGACAAGGGCAAGAUUGUUAAGCAGCAAGACACGGUCAUCAUUUUAGAAGACUAUGCUGACCCAUAUGAUGCCAAACGGACAAAAGGUCAAAGGGAUGCAGAGAGAGUAGGAGAGAACGAUGGCUACAUGGAACCAUAUGACGCACAGCAGAUGAUAACGGAAAUUAGACGCCGUGGUUCCAAAGACCCCCUGGUGAAGGCCCUUCAGCUGCUCGACAGCCCCUGUGAGCCUGGAGAGACGGGCGUGAAACCCGAGGCGCUGGCCAAGAGACGGAGCUCCAAGGACCUGCUGGGGAAGCCGCCGCAGCUGUACGACACGCCCUACGAGCCGGCCGACGGAGGCGCCGAGCGGAAGGCGCGGCCCCCGGACGCGCACGGCCGGCUGCCCGAGGACGACGAGCGGCCCGCGGCCGAGUACGAGCAGCCGUGGGAGUGGAAGAAGGAGCAGAUCGUGCGGGCGCUGUCAGUUCAGUUUGAAGGCUCUGAGCGACCUUCCACAAAGGAGGAGACGGCGAGGCAGCACCACCGACAGAAGAGCUGGACCCCGAAGAUCUUGAAGCCAGCGCUCCCUGACCACAGUGAGGGGGAAAGAGUGGAUCCAGCCCUGCCGCUGGAGAAGCAGCCUUGGUAUCAUGGUGCCAUCACUCGUGCUGAGGCUGAGAGUCGACUACAGCCCUGCAAAGAAGCUGGUUACCUGGUUCGAAACAGCGAAUCGGGGACCAGUAGGUACUCCAUUGCACUAAAGACGAGUCAAGGAUGUGUCCACAUCAUAGUGGCUCAGACCAAAGACAACAAGUACACACUGAACCAGACGAGCGCAGUCUUUGACAGCAUCCCUGAAGUGGUACACUAUUACUCCAAUGAGAAGUUGCCUUUCAAGGGGGCAGAACACAUGACCUUACUCUAUCCCGUGCACAACAAGCUACACUAAGGUUCAGCCACCAAAAGCCCUGGCUGGGCCUCUCACGCCUAUGAAGGCAUCAGCAUUCAACCAGCAUCUCAGGGGACAAGGCUGGACUGCGCCGUAAUAAUUGGUAGGAAGUGGGGGUCUUCAUUAAUAAGUCAAAAAAUCUUUGGGCUUGAAUCCAUUCCAUGAUUCUUGGUUAUUGACCUGUCCCUUUUCUCCCUGCUAAGUUAAUUCUACAAUAAGAAAUCAUAAUUUACCAAUUGCCUCCACUCCCUGGAUGAGGGUGUUCUAUUUGGGGUGUGGCCCUCAGCAGGCUAAGUCAGGAGUCCAGGAAUAUUAAAGUUCUCCAGAAAUGUGCUAAUUGUUACCGGGAAUACCUGGUCUUUAGACAAACCAACACAAACAUACUUGGCUUUUACAUAAGACAGCAAAAAAUGGUCAGGUGGACAAGAAGAACCUAUAAUAUUGGACCCCUUCUUAUACAAAAGGCUGAACAGGAGAGAAUAAGUGAAUAGUGGACCUUAGAGAAAGCUGUCUUUCUUGAGUGGCCUAGUUUAGCUUCACAAUCCAUGAAAAUCCACAACUUUAAGGUCUGACCAUAAGGAUUAUUUUGUUGGUCAGCCUUCUAAGAAAAUUUGUGCUUUCUCUAUCUCUGAGCUUUUUCAUCAUUUCAGCAAGUCAGUAAUGUAAGCAUAAAUAGGAAGGAUGAUUUAAGAAUCACCAAUAUAGGCUUCCAGUUAAGAUGGCGGCAUAGGUAAAUGUGGUACUCGCAUCCUCCCAUGACCACAUCAGAAUUACAAUUAAACUACAAAACAGCUAUUGUUCAGAACUGCCUAGAUGAACAGAAGUCCUACAAGUAAGGAUAUAAAGAAGAAGCCACAUCGAGACUGGUAGGAGGAGCAGAGAUGUGAACAGGCUGGUCCCACAGCCACAUGUGGUGGAUAAAAAUUGGAAGGGAUGUCUCAGCUAUGGGGGUCCCCUUGAAGAGCAGCGGGUCCCAACCGCACACCUGCCCCGCAGCCCAGGGUUCCAGUGCCAGGAGGAGAGGUCCCCAUAAUUUCUGGCUGUAAAAACCAGCGGGGAUUAGCUCAGAGAGGCAGAGGGCUUCUAGGGUCCCAAGCAGUUCCAAUUAAAGGGCCUCUACAUAGACUUAUUUGGACUCAUUCUCUCUAAGCUCCGGUGCUGAGGCAACAGCUCAAAGGGUACCAGGGACAUAUGGGGAGGAACAGAAUUAUCUGGCAUGAGAGAGAGGUCUGGAGGGGUAGCUUUCUCCCAGACAGAAGUGCUGGCAGAGGCCGUUGUUCCUUUGCUGAGACCUCCCCCCAUAUCUGAGUCUGCAUCAACCUAUCACUGUGUGCGCUGCCCUGGUGAUUCCCUGAGACCUUGCCCCACCCAGCAGGUGGGCCCACCCAAGCUGUUUCCUGUGACUUUUCCGUAUGAAUGGGCUGUCUUGGCUCAUGCUUCAGACUUUCUUAAAAUUUCUCAAUCAACGGCUAGCCUUGUGCCCAUACCUCUUGCUGAUUUGCUCCAGGCCUGGCACUAGUAGCAGGCAGCCUUUAUUCACAGCUUGGCAUCUCCUGGGCCCUCCAAGCCCAGCACAAGCUGCAGCUGUCUCUAGAUCACUUUGUAGCUCAUGCCACGAGGCCCCACAGCCAUUGCAUCCAGUAGACAGCUUCACACCACAUCAAAGCACCACCAAACCAUCUUCACAAGCAACACACUCAAGGGGCAGACUCAGUAGGUGCCAGAGCCCUAUUGAGGUAAGUCCUGCUCCAUGGGGUGGGGCCCUGCAUAGCUGAUCCUUCAUGGUGGUCGCAGCUAGUCCUUGCAGCUAAUCAGCCUGGCGGUAAGUCUCUCCUAUUGACAUGCCAACGGCAAUCAAGGCUCAACUACAACAGGAGGGUGUACACAGUGCACACAUGGGGCUAAGGCAUACCUGGAGUGCCCAGCUCAGGUGAACAGGGAGGCUGUGCCACUGGACCCUACAUGACACCUACUGCACUAGGCCACUCUACCAAGCCUGGGAGACAUAGCAGCUCUACCUAAUGUAUAGAAGCAAAUAUGGGAAGCUGCCAAAACGAGGAAAUGGAGUAACAUGUCCCAAGUGAAAGAACAAAACAAAAAAACAAGAACUAAGUAAAAUGGAAAUAAGCAAUGUACCAAAUGGGAGUUCAAAAUACUGGUUAUAAGGAUGUUCAAUGAACUUAGAACUUAAACGGCAUUAAAAAAAACAUGGAAACCAUGAAAAAAUAACCAGUCAGAAUGGAGGAUGCACUAAAUGAAAUGAAGAAUAACAUACAGGGACUCAGAGUAGAUAAAGCAGAGAACCAAAUCAGCGAUUUGGAAUAUAAGGAAGAAAAAAACUAAAAAAAAAUAAGGGCAGUGUAAGGAUCCUGUGGGACAACUUCAGGCAUGCCAGUGUUCACAUCAUGGGGGUGCUGAAAGGAGAGUAAGAAAUUGAAAACCUAUUUGAAACAAUAAUGACAUAAAACGUCCCUAACCUGGUGAAGGAAAUAGACAUACAAGUCCAGGAAAUGAAGAGAGUCCCAAACAAGAUGAACCCAAAGAGGCCCACACCAAGACACAUCAUAAUUAAAAUGUAAAAGGUUAAAGACAAAGCAAGAAUCUUAAAAGCAGCAAGAGAAAAGCAGUUAACUACAAGGGAGUUCCCAUAAGACUGUCAGCUGAUUUCUCUAAAAAAAAAAAACUUUGCAGGCCAGAAGGGUUUGGCAAGGAAUAUUCAAAGUAGUGAAAAGCAAGGAUCUACAGCCAAAAUUGCUCUACCCAGCAAAGCUGUCAUUUAGAAUUGAAGGACAUAUAAAGAACUUUCCAGACAAGAAAAAGCUAAAGGAGUUCAUCACCACCAAACCAGUAUUACAUGAAAUGUUAAAGGGUCUUCUUUAAGAAGAAGGGGGGGAAAAAGAUAAAAAAUAUAAACAAUGAAAUGACAAUAAAUACAUAUCUAUCAAUUGAAUCUAAAAAUCAAAAUGAAUAAGAUGAAUAGAAACAGACUCAAAGAUACAGAAAACAUUUUGACAGUUGCCAGAUGGGCAGGAGAGGAGAGUGCGUGAAAAAAGUGAAGGGAUUAAAAAGUACAAAUUGGUAGUUACAAAAUAGUCAUGGGGAUGUAAAGUACAGCAUAGAGAUUAUAGUCAAUAAUAUUCUAAUUAUUAUAUAUGGUGUCUGAUGGGUACGAGACAUAUUGGGAUGAUCACUUCGUAAGAUACGUAAUAUCUAAUCACUGGGUUGUAUGCACAAAA